AUGGAUGCUGCUGCUGCUUUAGAUCCCGUAUCGAUUCUUUAUGAGAAUGGAGUUGCAGGUCCUGCCUUAGCAAAAGUGGAUGUUUUCCUUGACAAGGUAUUUUAUACGAUUGAUGGCGCAGAUCCGUAUAAUUUCAGCGAAUCUAUUGCUGGUAUGCUAGAGUACCAAACGCGAUCACACUUUACCAAGAACGCGAGGUUAUGCAGGAUUGUGGUGAGCAGUAAAAUAUACGGAUCGUCGUCGACGAAUCCAUUGACUCAGAGUAAGGUUAUUGCUGCAUUUUGGAAGUACUGCCAAUUGAAACUACGACGAGCGAUUGAUUUGUUGGUAGCGAAAUUUGCACCCAUAAUGAAGAUUUGUAUAGUGGUUGAUCACAGUGCGAGGCCGCCCUUCGAUGCUAAACUUUGGGAAUUAUGGGCAAGUUUAUACAAGGGAUACGACACCACAAUGAAAGUUCUAUUUUCAGUAGUACCUUACGUGUUUAUAAAUCAUCGGAGAAUCGCCAAAGACAUCCCAAGGGAGAAGUCUUUUGAAUUUUAUUCUACGGGUGUACUAUUACAAUCCAUAAGAGAGGCUCUUGGGACCGAGGAAAUAUUUGAUAGAUACGUUGUCCAGCUGAUUGCUGAGAUGCGGUGUCUGGAAGUGGACAAUAACGAAUACUUCAGAGGUUUCCUGAAGACUCCCCUGGAGUUGAUAUACCAGCAUAACAUACGUGUUCAAGGUAGGCUUGUACAGGAAUUGUUCCUAAUGAACGUUUCGGAACAUUUGAAAAGGAGACAGAUGGAGGAGAACCAGUACUUUUCUAUGUUUACCUACUAUCACGAAGAGUUCUACAAUAAUUGCCUCUUGGCUAAGAUGAUAGCACCAUCUCUCAUGAAUUCGGUAUCUCAGCUGAUUGUCAACCAGCUGUUCCUGAACGAAGAGUCUCUCCCCAAGUAUUUCCAUCAGGUAAUAUAUAUUGGGCAAGACAUCGAUGUUUUGAGAUCAUCUGAGGCGCAAAAUUUCCGAGUAUUGGAGAAAGUGUUCUCCCUUUAUGGAAGACAGGAUUUUUUCAAAGAGGCAGUACGGCGUGUGAUUAACCAAGAGUUGGCUGAAGAGUCCAAAUCUUCCUCCAGAAAUCUAUUGAAAAUCUUCGAUAGGUUGCUCAUGUGCCUCAUUUUGCUUUCACCAUCGGAAGAUUGCCUCAAUAUAUUCAAAGAAUGCAUAUGCCAUCAUUUUGGUGGAGAGAUGAAAUUUAUGCAAACGUUUGUGAAAUUCAUUGAAUCAGAAAUGAGACGAUUGGCAGAGAAGGGUCCCGCAGGGCCAAAUCACAAGUUUACCGAUUUUGCUAACCGUUGGAGGACUACAGAUACCGUUAGGGAAAACUUGAUUACUUUUGCAAAAAAGUUGAAGAUGAAGGAGACCGUGCUGGACAUAUACGGGAACUCUCUCUUCCGGAAAUUUCUACUGAAUGGCUCGGCGCUUGAACGACGGAUUAAUGACGAAGAUAGGUUUGAAAUGAAUCUCCUUGACGAUUUCACCAAGACAUUUGGCCAAUGUGAUGAGAUGGACAGGUUAGCGGAUUUGAGAUACAAUAUCAAGAAGGCCAUGGAAGCUACGGUAGCUUUCGAACAUGCAAACCCGGCCAGUAUUGUCGAGCCGAUAGUUCUGCAGAGAAAUAAAGUCCCCGCAUUGUUCCAAACGAGCCAUAGCGACGAUCUAGCCGCACUGCGGUUACCGGAGGACAUGGAGAGGUUAUGGCAGGAGGCGCUGGCGUACGUCUCCGAGAGGGACUCGAGCAACAAACUGAAACAUUUCGAGCCCCAGUACCAUUUGCACCACUGCGAAAUGGAAUCUCUUUUUCUGGACCCGCAAACGGCGGCGCCACUCGUUUUACAACUAACCGUGUUGCAAGCAUGUGUCUUGGACGGAUUCAACGAGGAGGACACAGUGACUGUAGCAGCUCUCUCCAAGCAACUGAACGUCGAAGAGACCGUUGUACAGUCUGCAUUGAAUUCUUUUGUCGGUAUCGGCAUGGUUAUACCACCCACUUCUACAGCGGUGGGCGCUCCCAUGUACUCUCUAAACGCGGAUUUCACCCCGGACGUGACCAAAGUUAAAGACGGCAAGUUGCGGGUCACACUGCCGCGACCCUCGAAAGCUACGGGUCCACGGAAGCGGCUCCACCGGAGCGCAACCGCGGAACACCCUGAAGGCUCGAGCGCUGUGUGGCAGCGCGAACUAUUGAAGGCGGCGAUAGCCCGGGUACUCAAGUCGAGCACCGCAGGGCUGGACUAUGACGCAUUGCACGCCGGGACGCGCACGCAACUGCAAGGUUUCAGUGUAGGGGAGUUCAAGGACGCCCUGGAACUACUACAGAGGGACAGGCUGCUCUCAGAGUCCAUGGGCCACUACAAAUUGACCCUCUGA